UCUCUUCCCCGUCGAGGAGGCGCAGAAGGCCGCCAACCGCGUCCAAUACGCCAUCGCCGAGAAGCGCGCUGAGCUCGACCGUUUGCUAGGUUUCGCAGACGACAACAACAACCUCAUCAACCUCGUCCACAAGCUCCCUGAAGAACUCUCUCACGACAUCAUGGUUCCGUUUGGGAAAGCAGCGUUUUUUCCCGGUCGGUUGAUUCACACCAAUGAGUUCCUGGUUCUUUUGGGAGAAGGAUAUUAUGCAGAGAGAACUUCCAAACAGACCGCUGAGAUAUUGAAACGGAGAGGGAAGGGAUUAGAGUCACAGCUUGAUUCUCUGGAAGCCAUGAUCAAGGACCUUCAAGCAGAGGCCAUGUUUUUCGGUCAAACAAUUGCUGAAGCUGCGGAGGGUCUUGUGGAGAUAAGGGAAGACUAUAUAGAAGAUUCUCACAAAGGGGAAACUAAAUCAGGUCUACUGAAGCAAGAUGCUCCUGAUCUUGAAAAAGCUAAACCUGAUGAUGAAUAUGCUCGAAUGCUGUCCAGAAUGGAUGAACUCGAGAAAGAAGAGCUUGCUGCAGAAAGUGGCGGUGACAAUGGCGAAAAUGAGCAAACUACAGAGGACGUUGAUGAUAUAUCAUAUCAAAGACCUGUUGAUAACGAACCCCACAAUUCAGAAGACUUCCAUAAAGGCGCACCACCAGUGGACCAGGCUAACAAUAAAAGUAUGGCAACCAAGUCUGUAGAAAAGCAUUGCAAUCCUGAUAUAGCUGAUCAGUUGAAUUUUGCAAGCCUGGAUUUGCAAUCAAAUGUUAGAGAGGGGAAGAAUGCUGCUAAAAAGGUGAAAUUUGUUGAUCAUAUCGAGAAGCCUCUCAUACACCAUGAAGAGAAGCAAGUUAAAGCAGCUACUGCAUUGAAAAGUGAGGUUCAACACCAACCUUCACAACCAUCAUUUGAUAGCCACAAGGCUUUUACAGGCUCCAUCGUAGAGCAUACUGAGAAUAUUAAAACCUCAAAUGGACAAAGUUCAACUUCAUCACAGGUUUCUGGUUCUCAGCCUUCAAAACCAGUUUCCAGAUUCAAAAUGCAGAGAAGAUAGUGACAAAUAGAAUGAGUAGCUUGCUAGAAGCUCUUCUUAUUUUUUAGCCAAUGUAAUUUUGGUGGCAUAUGUGAUCAUUGCAUGUGAUAUGCUUGUUAGAGUAAAAAACUGGAGCGGGAUAAACCAAUAUGAGGAGUGUGGGGUUAACUAAUGGAGCUGGAAUUUCCACCUUUUUUUUUGUUGCAAUGGUUGUGAUUAAAAAAGUUUACCUUUAUGAUUGAAUUUUAAUAGCUGUCCAUAGAUAUUAACAGGAACAAUGCGAUGUUUCUCCUACUUUAAUUAUUAACAGAAUUUUAUAGCCUUUUUUUUGUG